GAUAUAAAAUGAAGAACACUGUUAACGAGGCUUAAUCUUUAAUUUCUCCAUUUUCCUUUCAAUUUCCAUCUAAACAAACAAAACCUUACCUCACCCCCUUUUCUUCUCUUUCCUUGAGCUCCUCUCUUCUUCUUCUUCUUCAAUGGAUUAGUUGCCUUACCUGUUUUGUCACUCACCCGCACCUUACUCUUCCACUCUCCACCUAGAUUUCAUCGCCUAAUCUCACCGCCAAAACUCCUCUCUAAAUCCCUACAUCAGUAACACAUACAAUCUCUCUCUCUCUCUCUCUCUCUCUCUCUCUCUCUCUCUCUCUCUCUAAGCCAUUACACAUUUUUCUAAUGUCAAUCAAUCGAUUCCUGUGAUAAUCAAUGGGGCAUAAAAAGCGCCUCCCCGCUUCUCGCUCUAAAAACACUCCUCCACCGUCCGCAACGGCUCCAACUGCCGCCAAUGAUGAUUCUGAGUUUUCACCUAAUCUGGUGAAGAUCGAGCCGUCGAUUUCUCUUCAAUCAGACGGUUCGUCUUACUCAUCAAUCAAAGUCGAAUGCGAACGUGCUUUGACAGCGCUACGCCGUGGAAAUCACACAAAAGCGCUGCGUUUAAUGAAAGAGUCAUGUGCUAAGCAUGGAGGAGGAGAUAACUCUAACUCAACAUCUCACUCUGCUGCUUUAAUCCACCGAGUGCAAGGCACGGUAUGUGUUAAAGUAGCUUCAAUUAUUGAUGAUCCUAACGCUAAACAACGGCAUUUAAAAAACGCUAUUGAUUCUGCUCGUAAAGCAGCCGAAUUAUCGCCAAAUUCAAUUGAAUUUGCUCAUUUUUACGCCAAUUUAUUAUACGAAGCAGCAAAUGAUAGUAAAGACUACGAAGACGUUUUGAAAGAGUGUGAAAGAGCAUUAGAAAUUGAAAAUCCGAUUGAUCCUGCCAAAGAGAGUUUACAAGAUGAGAGUCAACAGAAAAUAACCACCCCAGAAGCGAGGAUUGCUCACGUGCAGAAUGAGCUGAGAAGUUUGAAACAGAAAUCAAGCAUUGCUUCGAUCUCUACUUGGAUGAAGAAUUUAGGGACUGGUGAAGAAAUUAGAUUGAUUCCAAUACGAAGAGCUGCUGAGGAUCCUAUGGAAAUGAGGAUAGUUCAAACUAGAAGACCUAAUGAAAUUAAAAAAGCUACCAAAACUCCUGAAGAGAGAAGGAAAGAGAUUGAAGUUAGGGUUGCUGCUGCCAGAUUGUUGCAGCAGAAAUCUGAGAGCAGUACUAGUUUUUCAGUAGAGAGGAGUGAUAAGGGAGCUGAGAUGCCUGCAGGGAGCGAUAAGAGAGGAGGAGAGAGGAGGAAGUAUGGAAAUUUUAGGAAGAGUGGGAGUAAUAAGGAGAGGAAAGAUUGGGUUCUAUCGUAUUGGAAUUCUAUGACUGUGGAAAUGAAGAGAGAUUUGUUGAAAAUUAGAGUCAGUGAUUUGAAGAAUUAUUUUGGUUCAUCGUCUAAGGAUGCUUUGGCUAGCGAGGUUUUGAAUGAGGUGUUGGCAUUUGCUGAGGAGAAUAAGACAUGGAAGUUUUGGAUGUGUUGUAGAUGUCUUGAGAAGUUUGUUGAUUCUGGGAGCCAUAUACAUCAUGUUGUGCAAGAGCAUAUGGGGAAUCUUAUGCCUAAAAUGCAAGCUGUUUUGCCUCAGAGUGUUGAUAAUGAGUGGAUUGAGAUGAUUCUUAAUUGUUCCUGGAAACCCCUUGAUAUUUCCUCUGCUAUUAAGAUGCUUGGAAGUCGAGGGAAAUGCCAGGAUGCGGAUUUUGUUGGGGAUUUGUACUCAGGGAGUUCUAAUGAGGAGUGUGAUGACUGUUUUAAAGAUGCAUGGGAUUCUUCUCCGGAAAAGGAAAAUUUGAGAGAUGGCUAUAGUGAUUGUAUUGUAGGGAGUAAUGAUGCCUCCAAAAUUGUGUGUAAAGAAUGUGAUGAUAACCAGAGUUCCAUGGCAUAUUCUAUUGAUAGCUGGCCGUUAUCAGAGGACCCAGAGCGAGGAAAGCUCCUUGAAAAAAUCCAUGCUGUAUUUGAGGCACUUAUUAAACACAAGUAUCUUGCAGCAAGCCAUCUAAACAAGGUGAUACAGCUUGCUAUGCAUGAACUACAUAUUUCUGCCAAUGGUUCUCAGCUUCUGAAUCACGGCGUUGAUCAGACACCCUUAUGCAUUUGCUUUCUAGAAGCCCCUCAGCUUAGAAAGAUCCUUAAGUUCUUGCAGGAACUAUCUCAUACUUGUGGUUUGGGUAGAUAUUCUGAAAAAAAUAGUAUUACAGAUGAUGUAAGUGCUGCGAACAGUUCUGAGAUUAAAGAUAAAAUUGUUCUUAAUGGUGAUGCCUCGUGUCUUUACUUGGAUGAAAGCCUAUUGCCAUCUGAAUGUGCUCCUAGAAAAUAUCCUCAAGAUGAUGUGGCCACAAUAAAUCCUACUCAUGUUGGCUUUGGGAAUGGGGUUGUAUCUGAUGGUGAUGCUUUGCUCUCAUGGAUAUUUGCAGGCCCCUCAAGUGGGGAUCAAUUGCAGUUAUGGAUGCAUACAAAAGAAGAGAAAGUUCAUCAAGGAAUUGAAAUUCUCCAAACUCUUGAAAAGGAGUUUUACCACCUACAAAGCCUUUGUGAAAGAAAAUGUGAGCACUUGAGCUACGAGGAGGCAUUGCAAUCUGUAGAGGAUCUCUGUCUUGAAGAAGGUAAGAAGAGGGAGACUGAUGGUCGUAGCUGCUAUGAAUCUGUACUUAGGAAGCGGAAGGAUGAUCUUGCUCACAAUGCAGAUGAUACUCUGUUCAUUAGCAGUGGAAUUGAGUCAGAUGUCAUUGCAAAUGUAUUGAAAGAAGUAGAAGAGAUGAACCGCAAUCAAUUUGGAUACCAGGAUACUUAUGGCGGCAUGCAUCCUCAGUUAUGUGACUUGGAAUCUGGUGAAGACAAUGACUGGAGAACCAAGGACUAUAGAGAUCAAAUGGACGCUUGCAUACAAGGUGUAAUUGAUGGACAAAAACAUCAGUUAUCAGUAGAGCUCAGCAAAAUCGAUGCCAGAAUCAUGCGAAAUGUAACAGGGAUGCAGCAGUUGGAACUCAAACUCGAGCCUGUUUCUGCCCUUGAUUAUCGGUUAAUAUUGUUACCUCUAAUGAAGUCUUACAUGAGGGCCCACUUGGAAGAUUUAGCUGAAAGGGAUGCCACAGAGAAGUCUGAUGCUGCAAGGGAAGCAUUUUUAGCAGAACUGGCACUUGAUUCGAAGAAAGGUGCUCGAGGAGGAAGUGAUAAUUUGAGAAAUUCACAGGAGAAGGCAAAAGAUAAGAGAAGGAACAGAGAGUACAGAAAAACCAAGGACUCAAAGAGUACUACUGGAAAUGAUCAUCACUUGCUUCAUGAUGAGAUUGCGGGAUUGGGUUCCCUUCCAGUUACAUCAGAUGGUGGCCACCUGGAUUCUGACAUUCUUCAUUCGAUGAAUGGUGAUGACAUGAAACAACAAGAGGAAGAAUUUAGACGUAUAAUUGAGCUUGAAGAAGAGGAAAGAAAGCUAGAAGAAACUCUGGAGUAUCAAAGGCGAAUUGAAAAUGAGGCUAAACUCAAGCAUCUUGCUGAACAACAAUUUAAAAAAUGUAACAGUACAUUUCAAGAAAAGGUGGCUGGCAGAGUUUGCUUGGACCCUGGUGCCGAUGCUGGACAUGAGCCAUUGGAACAGUUGACACAGAAAAAUGGGUUUCCCAACAAUUUAGAAGUCAUGCCCAAGGCAAAUGGUGCUUCAGUGCCAGUAAGCACUUCUUCAAUAUCCAGAAGUCAAUUCAUUAGUGGUUCGAGUAACGCAAAAGUAGACCAAGAGCUAUCUAAUGGAGGAGCUACAGAAGAUGGCAUUUUGCCUUCUGACCGGCGGACAGGAAGGAGAGGGAGGCGGCAGAAGAGCUCCAUUAAAUCUUCUGAUGGAAAAUAUCAACCAAUUUCUUCCGAGAAGAAUAAUGCUGAAGUUGGAAGUAUUGCUCCUAAUAUGGGGGACAGUGGAACUAAGACCUUGAGACAGUUACAGGCAGAGGAAGAUGAUGAGGAAAGGUUCCAAGCUGACCUUAAAAAGGCUGUACGGCAAAGCCUUGACACAUUUCAAGCACAUCAAAUAAUGCCUUCAAGUUUGAGGCCACAAAAUUUUCCCCUGGAAGCUAAUGGUUGCAACGAAACACUUAAUGUGGUUACAAUUGAAGAUGCGAAUGGGACUGAUGUGGUUGGUAUGGGCUUGCAGAAUGAUGUUGGUGAAUACAAUUGUUUUCUAAAUGUUAUAAUUCAGUCCUUAUGGCAUUUAAGACGGUUUCGAGAGGAGUUCUUGAGGAGAUCAACAUCAGAGCAUGCUCAUGUGGGAGAACCAUGUGUUGUCUGUGCAUUGUAUGAAAUUUUCAACGCUUUGAAUGCUGCGUCCACAGAUAUGCGGAGAGAAGCUGUUGCCCCUACAUCUCUGAGGAUAGCUCUGAGCAACUUGUAUCCAGAUAGUAAUUUCUUUCAGGAGGCACAGAUGAAUGAUGCAUCUGAAGUGUUGGCGGUAUUAUUUGAUUGCCUCCAUCAAGCAUUUGCUCCUGGUUUGGGCGUUUCUGAUUGUGAAUCAGUGGAAAGUAAUUCCAUGGGAUCUUGGGAUUGUUCGAACAGUGCUUGUCUAGUGCAUUCUCUUUUUGGAAUGGACAUUUUUGAAAGAAUGAAUUGCUACAGCUGUAGUUUGGAGUCAAGACAUCUGAAGUAUACUUCUUUCUUUCAUAAUAUUAAUGCCAGUGCCCUUCGAACAAUGAAGGUCAUGUGUGCUGAAAGCUCUUUUGAUGAGCUUUUAAAUCAAGUGGAGAUGAAUCAUCAAUUAGCAUGUGAUCCUGAGAGCGGUGGUUGUGGGAAGCUUAAUUACAUCCAUCAUAUUCUAUCAACUCCACCAUAUGUUUUUACGACAGUUAUUGGAUGGCAAAAUACAUGUGAAAGUGCAGAUGAUAUCGCUGCAACAUUGGCAGCUCUUAAUACCGAGAUAGAUAUCAGUGUUCUUUACCGUGGCCUAGAUCCAAAAAGCAUGCAUGGCUUGGUUUCGGUGGUUUGCUAUUACGGUCAACAUUAUCAUUGCUUUGCCUAUAGUCAGGAUCAAGGACGAUGGAUUAUGUAUGAUGACAAAACUGUCAAGGUAAUUGGUAGCUGGGCUGACGUGCUUUCCAUGUGUGAAAGAGGGCACUUGCAACCUCAGGUUCUUUUCUUUGAAGCUGUAAAUUAGUGCUUUUACCCUAAUGCAGUUAAGAUGGUAAAACAUACAACAGUGGCUUUUGAAGGGCUUUAAGUUGUGUUACGAAAAGAAAUUUCAGAUAGAAGAGCAAGAGUUGUCAAAUAUCAGAAGUUUUGUAGGAAAGACAUGGUCUUCUAAAGGAAGAAUAAUGGACAAGGGAAAUUUUCUUUCGGAUUAGAAGAGACUGGAGUGUAAUUAUGCCACUCUUGCAUCCAAGUACUCUUUUUUUUCCGUGGUAAUUGGGAUUCAUGUACAUGGAAUUUUCUUCAUUUUCUCGUGGAUUGUUUCCAAUAAGGUGGUUUGGUCGAGGAGAAAGAGCCUGCCUGUGAAUGCAGCGGAAGAACAUAUGAUGGCAAAUAAACAUUGGAUUGUUGUGGGGAGCAUAUACAAAUAGCAAUUGCAAGUGGGGGGAAUUUAGUUACUUAGUUUGAAGCUGCUUCUAGAUGUCCAAAUUUACCGGAAAAUUUCCCCCUUUAGAAGAGAUUUAUGUAUAGAUUACAUCACGACCCCUUGCGUCUUUAACUCUUCAUAUGCAGCUUAUUGAUAUUGCAUAUGAUCACCAUAUAAUGCAGAUGGGGUAUUCAUAGUAAAUCUAUAUUUGCUCAUUUGUCAUGUUUAGUUGCAUUGCUGCAUAUUUCUCGCUAUAUAUCCUUUUGAUUUUGAUUUUGAUUUUGAUUUUGUACACCGCACCUUAACCUUGCUUUCUAAAAUAUUUAUAUAAAAAACAUUCUUCUGUA